AUGGGUUUGGAUGAUAUUCCGCAGGCCCAAGCGGUCACUGUGAGCUUGAAGGAAUUGACAGAGGGCUCCGUCUCGUUCGACACCCUCACCGAAGCUUUCGGUCCCUCCUCUCUGGGAAUCAUCGUUGUCAAGGACUUACCCGCUGAAUUCGCGCGUCUGCGUGCGCAGGUCCUCUCCAAUGCAUCGUAUCUCGCUGCUCUACCGGAGGAAGAACUCGAAUCCCUAACCUCCCCCCAAGCAAAAUACCUCGUCGGCUGGUCCCGCGGCAAAGAAACCCUCCGAUCCGGGCACUUCGACACCCUCAAAGGCUCCUACUACGUCAAUUGCGCCUUCUACCAGGACCCGAACCUGCAGAGCGCCCCAGCAGCCGACUUUCCCGAUUUCCCAGAGUACACAGCGCCGAACAUCUGGCCGCCUGUGGACAAACUGCCCACUUUCAAAAGCAGCCUCGAAGAGCUAUGCACGCUUAUCAUAGACACCGCGGCGCUUGUCGCGCGCGCUUGCGAUCGCUUCGCCGUCGCUAAUAACAUCGAAGGCUACAAGGAGGGGUAUCUUGAGCGGGUUGUUAAAUCGAGCUUGACUACCAAGGCGCGACUCCUCCAUUACUUCCCUUCUUCCACCACCUCCACCACCACCGCCCCAGACACCCAGGACAAUAAAAAAGAAGAAGAAGAAGAAGGCGACGACGACUGGUGCGCAACCCACCUCGACCACGGCUGCCUAACAGGCCUCACCUCCGCAAUGUUCAUCAACGAAUCCACCGCCUCCUUGACCCCCUCCACCACCUCCCCCCUCACCGAGCUGCCCACAUCCCCAGACCCAAAAGCAGGCCUGUACAUCCGGUCCCGCACAGGCGAUAUAGUCAAGGUCAACAUCCCGCGCGACUGUCUCGCGUUCCAGACGGGCGAGGCGCUCCAGUUGAUUACCCGUGGGCGGUUUAGGGCGGUGCCGCAUUUCGUGAAGGGCGCGAGGGGAACGGGGGAGGGAGGGGAGGUGGCGAGGAAUACGUUGGCGGUUUUUACGCAGCCGAAUCUGGGGGAGGAGGUUGAUGAGGGGGUGAGCUUUGGGGAGUUUGCGAGGGGGGUUGUUAAGAGGACUUAUUGA